CAGACCAAAUAUUGCCAACUCCUCACACCACCAAGCUUAGCAGCAAAACAAAGCAAAUUAGUAACAAAAGAAACCUCCUCCACAUCCAUCAACAAUGGCGCUCGCACGCCGGAGGCCAGCAGCCUCCCUCAUAGCUCUCCUAUCCAUCGCCGCCUUGUUCACGGCAGCAUCGGCGACGGGGAAGACGGGCCAGAUGGCGGUGUUCUGGGGCCGGAACAAGGACGAAGGCUCCCUGCGCGAAGCCUGCGACGCCGGGACAUACACCAUCGUCCUCAUCUCCUUCCUCGACGUCUUCGGCAAGGGGUACUAUCACCUGGACAUCUCCGGGCACGACGUGUCCGCCAUGAACGCCGACAUCAAGCACUGCCAGUCCAAGAACAUCCUCGUCUUCCUCUCCAUCGGCGGCUUCGGCUCCGGCUACUCCGUCCCCACUCCCAAGUCCGCCGCCGCCGUCGCCGACUACCUCUGGGACGCCUACAUGCUCGGCUCCAACCCUGCCGUACCCCGCCCUUUCGGCGACGCCUUCGUCGACGGCAUCGACUUCUUCCUCGACUCCGGCAGCAGCCAUAGCUACAGCUCCGGGGAAUUCUACGACGAGCUGGCCAGGAAGCUGUACGCGCACAACAAGGACUACCGGGGCCGGACGCCGGUGCAGUUCACUUUGACGCCGCGGUGCGCGUACCCGCCGCCGGACCGGAGGGUGCAGAAGGUGUUGUCCACGGGGCUCGUCGGCCGGAUCUUCGUCAGGUUCUACGACGACGGCGACUGCGCGGCGUUCUGGCAGAGGGAGUGGGAGCGGUGGACGGCGGGGCACCCGGAGGCGCAGAUAUAUGUCGGGCUGCCGGCGUCGGAGCAGAAGGUUGGGUAUGUGCACCCCAAGAACUUGUUCUAUGGUGUCAUCCCCGUCGUGCAGAAGGCGUCGAAUUAUGGUGGUAUUAUGAUUUGGGAGCGGUUUGAAGAUAAGAGGACCAACUACAGUGGCUAUGCUAUCACCCUGGCUUGAUGGUAGAUCAUCGAUCAGACAUUUCUUGAGCUUGUGUGGUUCCUUUAAUCACUGUCACUGUGUGUGAAUUUGCUGUCAUAGUGUUGAUUAUCUGUUGUAAGAAUGGUAUCAGUGUUUGCAGUUAUGAAUGUGGAAUGUGGAUGUGGUUGUAAUAAGAAUAAACAAUUAAUGAAAUAAAAUAAUCCAUGUUUGGAUUAUUCGUUACUACUAUUA